AUGGAUGGUCAUGGGACUGAAGUUCAGACUGGACGCACAUCACCCCCGUCUGGACCCUUUGGAUAUUCCUUCCUCUCCCCCAUGGAUACCCCAUUCGAACAAGCACCCGCUCUUCCCCCGGGUCCCUCUCUCCUUGAUGAUAAUGAAUCCAACAUGCUCGACAACUUCUUUACUACCAUGAAUGCGAAUCACUUUACGAAUGACUUUUGGAUGAGACAAGAACAUAAAUCUGGGGCACCCAACUUCGACUGGUCUGGCGAACUGCCUCCGAACUUCGAAGGAUCGACCACCUCCUUAUCACAACCAUCCUUUCAGCAGCAUGGACUAGGCAAAACAAAUGGAGGAUCGAUGUCUGGAAAUCCUACAGGCCAGGACAUAUUCGCAGCAGCAUCCAUGCUAUAUCAAAGUGGCCUUAACGGGCAAGGUAUCGGGUCCACAUUAGCGCAGCAGGCUUUUGCAGGACACCCCAUGCCGCAAAAUGGAACUCACAUAAGGAAUGAUUCACAAGCCGGAAAUCUCGGGCAGGGACCGGGUACUUCUCCGUCUCGGGCUGACGUGCCCACUGGAUAUCAUACAUCAGAGAUGUUUUUCGACGUGCGAGAUCCCAUCCCAGCCGAUCAGCAUCCUUCAAGAAAGGUCCGCAGUCUCCGCUGGGGCUCAGAUGUUGGUUUUAUGGAUCAAGGCUACCUUCGCCCACCUGAUCAGCCUGAUGAAGAACAACGGACAAAGGACCUGCUAGAUCAUCUGGGAUGCUUUGAAACACAGAGCAGUGCCGCCAACACACGAGCUCCCAGUCCAGAACGGACGGUCGGCGGCCCUGUCCACCGGAAUUCCUUUGCCUCACAGCCCAUUAGUUCAAUCCCAGACGAUAGCCUACAGGCCCGCAAACGACCACGAACUAUGAAAGAAGAGGGCGACUCCGACGAAGAGGACGGAAGACCCCAUUCCCGAAAAUCCAGAGGAUCUAUCAGUAAAGGACGCCGAGUGUCAACAGACAUGUCUCGGAAAGUUCGUAUCCAACCAGGAUCAAAAGCUGCACGAGAGAACCUCUCUGAAGAGCAGAAGAGGACAAACCACAUCCUUUCAGAACAGAAGCGCCGAAACCUCAUCCGCCAGGGGUUCGAAGAUCUAUGUACCCUUGUGCCGGGGCUCAGAGGCGGCGGCUUCAGCAAGAGUGCCAUGCUCACUUCCGCUGCUGAUUGGCUUGAAGAGCUUCUACAGGGGAAUGAUAUCCUUCAACGCCAACUACAUGAGCUCAAAGGCAUCAGUGGCUUGGUAAUGCCAAGAUGA